AUGGGCAUCAGGAGAAAAACGGUUGCAAGGACGUCGUCAGGUCCCAGCAUCAUCAUAUCCUUCUUCAUCGCUGCCGUGGCCUCUGUCUUUGCCGGCUUGUGCUACGCUGAGUUCGGGGCCCGCGUCCCCAAAACGGGGUCUGCGUAUCUGUACAGCUAUGUGACAGUGGGAGAGCUACUGGCGUUUAUUACCGGGUGGAAUCUGUUGCUGUCCUACGUCAUAGGGACGUCCAGUGUGGCGAGGGCUUGGAGCGGAACCUUUGAUGACCUCAUCGGCAACGCCAUGGGGAACUUCUUCAAAGAAAACGUAUCCAUGAACCUCCCGGGCCUCGCAGAAUACCCAGACUUCUUUGCUGCUGGACUCAUUAUGCUCCUGGCAGGUCUGCUGGCCUUCGGUGUCCAGGAAUCGGCAAUAGUCAACAAGAUUUUCACGGCCAUCAACAUCCUGGUUCUUCUGUUUGUCAUUAUUGCGGGCUUCGUCAAGGGAGACAUCGGUAACUGGCAGAUCAGUCAGGAGGCGCUCAUCAACGCUACAGCAGAAUUACAGAACCUAACGUCUACAGUCAACGUGACCAGUAUAUAUGGGGAUGGAGGGUUCUUCCCCUACGGUUUCGACGGGACAAUCUCCGGAGCCGCUACCUGUUUCUACGCCUUCGUAGGCUUCGACUGCAUCGCCACAACAAGUGAGGAGGUGAAGAACCCUCAGAAGUCCAUCCCGCUGGGCAUCGUGGCGUCUCUCCUCAUCUGUUUCCUGGCCUACUUCGCCGUGUCGGCGGCCCUCACUCUGAUGAUGCCCUACUACAUGCUGAAUGUUAACAGCCCGCUUCCCGUGGCCUUCGAGUACAUCGGCUGGGGGCCCGCCAAGUAUGUGGUGGCUGUCGGCUCGCUCUGCGCCCUCUCCACCAGUCUGUUGGGUUCCAUGUUCCCUAUGCCCCGCGUACUGUUUGCUAUGGCCAGAGACGGCCUCCUCUUCAAGCCCCUCAGUAAGGUCAGCGCCAGACAAAGUCCUGUCAUCGCUACCAUCUCUCCGGGUCGUAGCAGGUAACACCCCAUCCCUCUUAUCUCUCUCUCUACCCUCUCCUCCGGGGUCGUAGCAGAGAUAUGA